UUCAUUCUUUUCCUUCUCUCUAUUGUGAUAGACUACCGUUGGUACAGUAAUGCGCUGUGUGAUCUGAAGCGGCGCGCUCUCAGAUAUUUUGGUGUGGUCUUCCGUUGAGCCAGUACUGCCUCAUGAGCUUCCAAAUGCGACUCCAGACAUAGGACCUUGAAGAGUCUGGCAGUUCUGCCGUCGCAUAAUUAAUUGUCCAUACCCAGAAGCCUCCAAUCACUAAAGAACUGGUUUUCAACGCCUGAAACUGACUGUUCAGCGGAGACAAUGUCCUUCAACGCAAAGAAUCUCUCCUACGAUUCGAAGGACCCGCCUUUCAUACAGAGACUAAAAGGCCAUUAUGGAAGUACUGCCGGCCGCCUGGAGCGACCAAUUGCCCGACCCCGGAAACAAAGAAAAGACGACGAGGAUGACGAACCCACCUACGUUGAUGAGGAAAGCAAUGAGGUAAUCUCAAAGGAGGAAUACAAAGCUCUAGUCCAGGAGAGCAACCCGAAAGACGAUGAACAUCCGGAACAGGAGCCGGCUGAUAAGGAGCAGAAUGCACCUGGGUCCGACGAAAAGGGUAAUGCGGACACUGGAAAGGAUGCGCCAGCUUCUAAACAGAAUGUGGCCGAGAUAGGAGGCCCCAAGAAGCGAAAGCAAGCGAAAGUGGUUGGCGAAGAAAACAAGGAGCCUGAGGUGGGAGAAGAGCCGCGAGAAGCUCCGGCUUCCCGGAAGUCCAAGCAGAAGAAAAAGAAGAUCAAGCUUUCCUUCGACGAGGAGGAGUAAUACACACGACAGUUUAUCAGCUGCUAAAACUAAACUGUAACCUGGUAUUAUAGAAGACUGCGCGGACGUACAUAGUAGUAUAGCAUCAUACCUGCCAAAAUAAGAAGCAUUAUUAAUCAUGGAAUCC